GAUCUCGACUAGUAUUUGAAGAUGACCGCUUCCGACACGUUAUCAUUUUUGUUUCUACUCUAUCCAAUCCACACCCACUGACUCGUCAGACUACGGGUACCAGUUUACCGAAGACCAAAUAAUAAAACGGAGUCCAUAAAUACAAGAAAGAUAAGGAUGAUGGUCAUAAUAUACCUUCAGCCAAUAAUAAUUUCUCUCCACAAAAUGAAUAAUCGCUUUAUCACUCAUUUUCUUCUAUAUUUUCUGAUGUUCUUUCUUAUUCCUUGCAGUAGCAUUAGUUCCUCUCCAAGUAAUAAUACUAAAAUUGGUGAUGGAAGAACUUCAAAUUCAUCUUCAGUUUCUUAUUCUUGUGGAGACUUGCACAACAUCCGGUGCCCUUUCACCUUCGAGGAUGGUUUUCCAAACUGUCCGAAUUAUACGGAAGAGAGACAACUCUCUUGCGUAAACAAAAGAACUAUAUGGAAUAUUUCUUCAAAAUCUUUUUACGUCAGCGAUAUAAAUUAUGAUUAUAGUGAAUAUUAUCCUGUAAAGAUCCGUCUAAUUGAUCCAGGUCUUGACAAAGAUAACUGUUCUUCGAUGCCUCAACAUUCAGUAGAUUCUAAUCGGGGUAUACGGACAGGAGUUUAUUAUUAUGAUUAUUAUAUACCAGGACGAUCCAGCAGUAUGCAUUCCAAGAACAAGGCGGUAGUUUACAUGAGUUGUCUAACGAAUAUGAGCGACUUACCACACUACUUAGACGCUUCACCUUGUGUUAAGGCUUCUUCCUUUAACAUGUCAACAUAUGUCGUCGUGGAUCCACACUUCUCCGAUUUCAACGAAUCAUGUAAGCGGUUUCUUACGUCUUGGAUGUAUACUGAUAAAGAUGCCUUUGAUUCUUAUUCAGAUGUUCAUAGCGAAAUGAUGAAAGGCUUCGUGGUCUAUUGGUACACCAGGAAUAUAACAUCAGUUUGGCCGGAUAUUGUUCGUGAAAUCUUGUAUGGUAGAGGCAGGUUUCCUUUCCAAAUAUUCGUCAUGGCAGGGACGGUCUGGAUUGGAAGAUUUAUAUUUAUGGUACCAUUCGUAAUUCCAGUCUUGAUUUAUACACUUAGAAGAAGAAACCAAGCCAUGAAUGCAAGUAUCGAAGACUUCUUAGAUGUCUAUGGACACCAGAUGCCUAUAAGAUACUCCUAUAAUGAUGUUAAGAAAAUGACUAACAAUUUCAAGGAAAAACUAGGCCAAGGAGGUUUUGGAUCUGUGUACAAAGGAUCUCUUCGUAGUAACCGAGUUGUUGCAAUUAAGGUUCUUAGCUCAACAAAAGGAGACGGCCAAGAUUUCAUUAAUGAAGUAGCUACUAUGGGAAAGAUACAUCAUGUAAAUGUGGUGCAACUUAUUGGAUUUGUAGCGGAGCGUUCGAAACAAGCUCUUGUGUAUGAAUUCAUGCCGAAUGGAUCUCUUGAGAAAUUUUUAUUCCCUUGUGAAAAAGGAAAACUUGUUAAGCUUCUAAGUUGGGAAAAUACUUAUAGAAUUGCAUUAGGAAUAGCUCGUGGGGUUGAAUAUUUACACCAAGGUUGUGGUAUGCGAAUACUGCAUUUCGACAUUAAACCUCAUAAUAUUUUACUUGAUCAGAAUUAUAACCCCAAAGUUUCAGACUUUGGGUUAGCAAGGUCGUACUCGAUGAACGCUAGUAUCAUUUCAGUAACACAUGGGGCUAGGGGGACUAUAGGAUAUAUGGCUCCAGAAUUAUUUUAUAGAAGCAUCGGAGGCGUCUCUUACAAAUCAGAUGUGUACAGUUUCGGGAUGUUGCUAAUGGAAAUGGUAGGAAGAAGGAAAAAUUUGAACGCGUCAGCUGAGAAUGCAAGCCAGAUAUAUUUUCCAUCAUGGAUUUACAAACAGUUGAACCAGGGAGAAGAUAUCGAAAUGGAAGAUGCUAGUCAAGAAGAAAAUGUAAUAGCAAAGAAAAUACUCAUAGUCGCUUUAUGGUGCAUCCAGCUAAAACCAAUUGAUCGUCCGUCCAUGACUAAAGUCGUAGAAAUGUUAGAAGGUGAGUUGGGACUAUUGCAAAUCCCAGACAAACCGUUUUCAAUUGCUGAUUGUGACGAAGAUGAGCAUGUCAAGUUAAAUUCACUUGUAUAAAGUAGGAACAGUUGAAGUCUUAUUAACAUUUGAAAUCCCUGUAUUAAAUUACUACUUUGUAUAACAUUAAACUUGAUAAAUAA